AAGGAGGGUCUGGUUAAUGAGAUGGGCGAAUGGGAAGAAGAUAGGUGGCGAUGGAAUAUGAAGUGGAGAAAAGAGAGGUUAGGAAGAGUGAGGGAUGAAGAAGAGGUCUUCUGGGAGAUGCUUGGCCGUGUGCAAUUAAAGAGAGGAAAGGAGGAUCGCUGGUGGUGGGUACAUGGCUCGGAAGGACGAUAUGUGGUGAAGAAAGCUUAUGAGAUUUUGGCUCCUAUGAAGUGCCUUCUUGCGGAUCAGUUUUGUAGAAUGAUUUGGUCUAGGUGCUGCACUGGUGGGGUAUUGAAGCUGUGUUAUCAAAUACAGUAGGAGUUGCAGAGCUUUUUCUAUAUGGUUUGGGUAAGAUAGUAGGGAAGGAAAUGGAAGCGUGCGUUUUCCUUGUUGUUUCUUGGUAUAUUUGGUAUUGUAGGAAUAUUAGAAUCUUUAAGAAUAUUGAGACUUUUAGGGAAAGGGUGGUAAAUAUGGUGCAAGCCAAGACUUUUUUCUAGAUUAAGCUUAAGAUGAAGGGGUGUGUUUUCUCCUUUUCCAAGUGGCAGAAUAAUCCAAUGCAAGUUGCUGUAGAAGUCAAACGGCAUAAAAGGUUAUGGAAGGUAUUCUAUGAGCAGAAACAGAGGGUGGCAUGAACGGAUAAAUGGUAGGAAUGGUUCGUUUGCUGGUUUUUUGGGUUUGAUUAUAGUUUUUCUUGGCUGUUGGGUUUGUUUGUAUUGCUCUUGUCUUUUCACUUUGUAGAUGGAUUGGAGUACCCUCUAUACUCGUUAAAAUAAUAAAAAUAUUUAUUUUGC